AAUGCGAUUCUCGCGCGCAACAUGUCCCGAACGCGCACGAAACUCUUAUCAAUCGAACAUAACGCAUUCAUCUAAUGAUAAGUGUUAUCACACGUGAGAAAACAACGUAAUAAUAGUUAUGUAGACGGAAUCAAAUAUUCCUGGCUAUAUUUGUGUAAAAGUUGCGGCUUUACAUGGAAUACAAACGUGAACUACUGUUCAAAAUUCUUGUUUUGGGUGAUUUCGGCGUUGGAAAAACUUCGAUUGUAAAACGAUAUGCAGAAGACACAUUUUCGCCCUCGUAUAAGAUUACUAUCGGCGCGGACUUUGCCCUCCGCACAAUCGAAUGGAAUAAGGAUACGCGGAUCAACCUGCAGUUGUGGGACAUUGCGGGACACGAACGUUUCGGAUCGCUAACAAGUGUUUAUUACCGUUAUGCCUUAGCAGCUGCUGUGGUAUUUGAUUUAACUCGUCCUGCAACGUUCGACUCCAUUGAUAAGUGGGUUACAGAUCUGCGUGACCGCAUCACUCUUCCAAAUGGCAGCGAUAUACCGAUAAUUCUCCUCGCAAACAAAGGAGACAUAACAACGUCAAAUAUUGAAACGGAAAAACUUAACGCUUUCUGCACCAAACACAAGAUUUUGACGUGGCUCAUCACAUCAGCGAAAGAAAAUAUUAAUUUGGAUGAGGCAAUGAAUAAACUGAUGAAGGUAACCAUUGAAAAUGUUGAUCAAACACACACCCAAUCUCCAAAGGAACAAAUUAUACUUACAAGUGACAGCAAGCCACAGAAACGUUUGUGUUUUAUAUGAUAACAGACUGACUAACUAUAUUUAUUUACUAAUAUACUUAUGUAGUGUAUAUCCACAUAACAAACUGAUGAUAUUAAAAAUGUGAAAUGCAUAA